CUGUACUCCAUCUUCAUCAUCUUAGCCUUCAUUCCGUCCUUGGAUGCCAAAGAUGAUGCAGGUUUCACGGAGUGCAGUCGACCCUUCAACUGUGGCAGCUUCAAAAACCUCUCUUUUCCUUUCUGGGGCGACAAUCAACCUCAACAUUGCAGGCUGAUUGGUUACGAACUUAGAUGCAAUGAAAAUGUUCAGCACCCUGUUAUGAAAAUCAAUGGCCGAGACUUCUUUGUGAUCGGACUCAAUCAAUCUGGCAAACCCCGGAUGAUGACCCUUUCGCGAAGACAUCCUUGUCCCACUCCCAUUCCCAUUCCCACUCACAUUCCCAUUCCCUUGAAUAACACUCAAUUUAUUCUUCUUACAGCGACUGAGAAUAUGACUCUAUUUAGCAACUGCUCGAAGUCCGGCCUCUCAAGGAAAAGGAUAAAUACUUCACAUACAAUUUCCUGUGCCGCCGAUGGGAAACCGGGCAACGCCGUCUUUUUCUUGAGGGAUAAUAAAACAAGUCUUGCGGAAUGUGGAGAAAGAGUGGAAGCUCCGGCUCCAAAGGAGGCUCUUGAUGAAUUUAAGUCGGGACGUCUGAAUUUAAGUGGAGCCUUGAUGAGACCGUUUAACGUACAGUAUCUCGCCUAUGAUGGCUUCUGUGACCAAUGUUUGCGCUCCGGUGGAAGAUGUGGAACCAAUCGGACUUUUCCACGUUUAUUUGCUUGCAACUGUCCCGACGGACCUUUUGGUAAGGCUCUAGCUCGACGGUCAUCUACUACUGCUCCUAUUGAGAGGAAGAGUUCAUCCCUUGAGUUCACAACAGCUGCUGCCUGUGAACCAUCUAUUGCCAUAGAGACUGCAAGCGCAUUGACUUACCUCCAUGCUUCUGAUAUCAUCCACCGUGAUGUGAAAACCAACAACAUUCUCCUUGAUGAGAAUUUUUCUGUUAACUUUGGAAUUUCUCGUUUCUUUCCAAAACUUGUUACACAUGUUUCCACUGCUCCUCAAGGGACUCCUGGUUAUGUUGAUCCAGAAUAUCAUGAAUGCUACCAGCUGACAGAGAAGAGUGAUGUAUUUAGCUUUGGGGUUGUCUUGAUUGAGCUAAUAUCAUCCAAGCCAGCUGUUGACAUCACCAGGCACCGCCAUGAGAUAAACUUGUCUAACAUGGCCAUUAACAAGAUUCAAAACCGAGCACUACACGAACUUGUAGAUCCAACUCUUGGGUAUGAAUCAGAUCAUAAGGUGAAAACAAUGAUAACUGCAGUGGCAGAGGUGGCAUUUCAGUGCCUGCAAGGUGGGAAGGACCUGAGACCACAAUGGUAGAGGUGUUUAAGGCUUUAAAGGGUAUAGAGAGUAGGGACUACAAUAAUUAAAGGGCAGAAGGGAUGAACGUUGCGAUAGAUGAAGUUGGUGUGCUACAAAUGCCACUUUCUUUUAGGUUAAUUUCACUCCCACUAGAUCUGGUAUGCAAAAGGGGAAAACCAAAUGCCCAUAGGAUAUAAUGAAGUACCUUGUUGAUC